UUCCGAAAAAUUAUCCCCGCGAGGAGAUAGCGCUGGAGCAUCACAGCCGCUGACCGCCACGCCGCUCGCUCGCUCGCUCCCCGCGAGCUCGCCUCGCCUCGCCAUGCCGCCGCCCUCGCUCCUCUCCCUCCUCCCCGCCGCGUCGGUCUCCGCGCGGACCCGCCGAGCCAAGCGCAGAGCCCCUGCCGCGAGCCUCCGCAUCCCCGUCCUCCUCAGCGCGCGAGCUCCCACGCCGCUCCGCUCCCUACCCGCCUCCUCCGAUGUGGUCGAGGGCGGGGGUGGAGGGGGAGGAGGCGAGGAGCUCCACCUGCUCGACAAGCCGUUCCCGUCCCCCUCCGCGCCGGAGGAGGACGAGCCCGAGCCGGAGGUCGCCCCGGCGCCGUCCACGGCCGAGGCGCUCGCGCCCUACCUCAACUUCUUCCAGGUCAAGGGCGCCGACGCCUCCGCCGCCAGGAAGCACGCCUCGGAGGACGGGGCCGUGUCGGCCGGGCGCGGGGUCAUCUACUACAACCCCAAGCCCGGGGACCUGGUCGUGGGCGUCGUCGUCGGGGGCGACGCGCGGGCAAUCGACGUCGACGUCGGCGCCGGAGGCGAGCCGGCGCUGAUGCUGACCAAGGAGGCGGCGCCUGCGUCCUCGGAGGAGUUCGCUUACCUGGCGUGCGACGUCGCGUCGGGCGGCGCGAGGGAGUUCGCCGCGGAAGGCAGGGUCGGCGUCGCGGCCGGCGGAGUGGGCGCGAGGGUUGGGAGGACCGGGAAGGAGAAAUGUGCGCCGGUGGUGGGCGUUGGCACGGUGGUGUUCGCCGAGGUCCUCGGCCGAACACUUGGUGGGCGGCCGCUGCUGUCUUCGCGAAGGCUGUUCCGGCGCGUCGCGUGGCACAGAGUGAGGCAGAUAAAGCAGCUAAAUGUACCUAUCAAGGUUAAAAUUUCUGAGUGGAAUGCUGGAGGCUUGUUGUCAAGAAUUGAGGGGCUCCGGGCCUUCCUACCUAAGCCUCAGAUGAUGACUAGACCAAGAAAUUUUACAGAUCUAAAGAACAAUGUUGGUCGACAGAUACAUGUCUGUAUUACAAAGAUUGACGAAAGGACUAACGAAUUAAUAAUUAGUGAAAAGGAGGCUUGGGCAAUGUUAUACCUUAAAGAAGGGGCUCUCUUGGAAGGGACAGUCCGCAAGUUGUUCCCAUAUGGUGCACAAAUUAGGAUUGGGGAGACUAACAGAAGUGGUUUGCUGCAUGACUCAAAGAUAACACACGGUCAGCUGAGAUCCGUCAGUGACGCGCUCAGCGUGGGCGAGAGAGUGAAAGCGCUUGUGAUCAAGUCGACGACGCCAGACAGAAUUGCUCUUAGUAUUAGGGACCUUGAGAGCGAGCCUGGACUGUUUCUCUCCAACAAAGAGAAGGUGUUCGCCGAGGCUGAAGAGAUGGCGCGAAGAUACCGGGAGCAAAUGCCGGCGACGCCUCGGUCUGGCGAGGGGCCCGACGACGGCUACGACGAUACCGUCCCGUUCGAGGACGAAGCGGAGUCGUACGCCAACUGGAAGUGGCUGAAGUUCAUCAAGUCCGACAGAGCAGACUGUAACCCCAGUGUCACCGAAUCAUCGGGAUUGUAACGCAGGAAUACCGAUUGCUUCUGCACAAAUUUUGUUCAGUCCAGUGCUGGUCAGCC